AUGCGGUUAUGGCGUUGACGUCAUUUUAACGAGAUUAACGCUGACAGCACAAAUUUUAAUUUGACAUUUUUCUUUUCCUGAUGCAAAAUAUUAAAUUGUCUGUACAUCUAUAUCUAUAUCUCUUACCUUACUCCUCCUAGACACAUUAAUUAAUCUGGAGGAAGUAAAUUAUGUAAAGCUUAUGGGAAUUAUUUUUAGAACACUCAUAUCCUAAUUAGCUGAUCUCAAAACAUACCUGUACACUGUUCACAAUACGUGUACAUUAUAUGUAAGUGUACAUUGUUCACAUUAUAUAUACACUGUUUUUUGUAAAUAAAACAAUUUUUAGUGCAGUGGCACUUUGGGGUAACUAAAAUAUGGUGUCAUGCACAUCUGAAAAUAAGUGAUCAUCAAGCAGUGACUUUACUGGUAGCUGUAAUUUAUUACUUUGUCUGAAACAAUAAAUAUGUAGCUUGCAAAGAAGUUUUUUUUCCAUUUGAUUGGUGUUUAUGAAUUGCUGGUUUUGCCAUUUGAUUAUAUACAGCGAUUUAAUGAACAUGAAAAUAAUAACAUGAUAACAUUAACAUACAUGUCUGAGUUUUCAUACAUGAGCAAAGUGGACAAGCGCUGUAGGCCAAGCAAUAAAAUAUCCAUAGGAUAGGUUUUUGCUGGUAAUUAAAUAUAUUUACAGGAGCAACAAGAACUUUACCUGAAAUUAGGUAAAUACUGACAACAUCCUGCUUGUUUUUCAAAGCUACGCUGUACUAAUGUAAUGCCUUAGCGUCAUGUAUGCAUUCUAGCCUGUAUGUUUUUUCUUCUUCUAUCAAAAAAUGUGUCGUAUUUAUUGACCUCUGGCCUCCGCCAAAUGUUCCACUGUGCGGUCCAGCCCACAUUUAGCUCUGUCUCAUGCUGACAGCCAGUAUCAGGCCUGAAAUGGUUGUUGGGCAAGACAGUCUCAGCUUCUUUUAACUUGAUGGAACUAAACUUGAUUCAACACUUCUCUGAUGAUGGCUGUGAAAUAUUUAUGGCAGGGCACGAACUGGGGAGGGCUCGGGAAAGCGAGGGGCAGGGGAAUGAGUUUAAAGUUGCAGACUCAGUAUCUGCUUUUGAGUGUCUGACCAUGGAGAGUACUUAAAAUUGUCUCUUCCCUUUACCCACAGGCUGGCACUGACAAGGACGUGCAAGGGAACAAACUGCCUGUGGGUCCCUUUUCUGUACUAAUGGCACAAAGGAUGUUGAAUGAAAGUGGGCAAGAUGGCCGAUCAGUCCUGGGAAUGUUGGAGGUGCAGGUAGAGCGGGACCCCAAGACAGGCGCCACCAUUGUUAGGUCAGUGGCUCCUGUGUCCACACCAGCUGGUGCUCCAAAGGCUACCACUGUCUUUGACGACGGCAGGAGGAGCAUCCACACUAUCAGUGGGUCAGCAGAUCAACCCUCGUCUGAAGAGCUCGGGCAUAUCUUGAGCGUCAUCGACGGGGUUGGGAUGAAAGUGCUGCUGAAUGAAGUUACAGUCACACCAACCAAGACAGAGACAGAGACAGUAGAAGCUAGCAAAGGCUCAGAGAAAAAAGGCCUGUCGCUUUACACCCAUCCCAGCACGUCAAAGGAAGACUACAGGCCGUUCGGCGGUUCUAGAAGCGAUGAUUUAGAAGUUGAGCUGAGCAGUGAGAAGUGUGUUGUAAGUGUGGGAAACACAGAUGAUAAAAACACGAUGGCAGUGAGAGACACUUUGGAAAAAGUAGAUAUCGUGGAGAAUCAGAUGUUGGAGGAAAGUCCUGUCACACUUGUGUUCUUGGGAUACGCUGAUGCUACAACUGACCAGAGUCAGAGCCAAGAGGAGCAGGAAGGCAUGAUCACUGUGGAACGAGUGAUAAUCACGGAGGAUGGAGAAGAGCAUGUCUUAGGACCUGAAAUGCCUCCUCCACUUUAUUCACCAUUAGACCAGGUAGCAGAGCAAGGCACCGGGAAAGAGUCCAAAGAUGAAGCAGUUCAGGAUAUUCCCUCGGGUGGAAACGGAGCUGGAGUCAAUGUGCAGGCAGAGGAAGGUGAUAAAGAGUCACAUAAUGCAUCUCCACCAGGCAUAACAGAGGGAAAAGGCAGUUCUAAGCACAGGAGCUGCCGGUGUUGCUCUGUCAUGUAAGAAAUGGUUGAAGAAAGACUCCCUGUAUACCAUGUAUACACUGCUUCCUUUAUAUGUUGCUUUAUAUGAGUGGGUUUAAUAGCAUACUACACCAUCACCCACCAUUCCACCUCCCCUUGAUAAUAAAAAUGGCAUUUAUAUAUUUGUGCAUCUUCUACAAAGCUCUACAAAGUGCACUAAAGUCCACUUCCACCCCCUACUGGACAGAAAUAAGAACUUCAAGCAAGCAAGCUUAUCCAACAGAAAAAAUCCACACUAAUUGUUUAGCCAUGGUUCCUGUAGAAAUGGGGGAAAAAAGUAUGCCAUCCUUUAGCAUGCACAUCCUAAUGCUUAUGGUGUCCCUCACUGUUUCUGGUAUUAAAAAUGCAACUGAGGGCUGAGAUUUUGAGUGUUUCUGAGUUUUGAUGCAUCACCUUUACACGUUGAGUUUCUUAAGACGGAUUCAGAGUCACCAUUUCUGUGUAAAAAUCCAAGCAUUAACAUUUUGAGAAAUUAUCUCACUCUUGCUCAGAGUUACAUGAGAAACAUUAAACUUUUCUAAUGUCUGUGCAGUUACUGUGAAGCUAAAACCAGCAUCUGGUUACUGCUGCGCUCGGGCUGACAUGGCAACAAGACAUUUUUAUCUCUCAGUUUCUGUACUGAUUAGGCAAACACUGAUUAGGUGUUAAUUAGAAGUUCUGGCUGGCAGAUUUUUUUUAAACCUCCUGGCAGUUGGGCUUGUUGGUUUCACGUUCAUGCCAAGUUAAUAAAAUUGGUUUGUAGAAUUUGUUUAAUAUUUUUCAGUGCCACUUAUCGUCUCAUCUAAUUCUUGGGGAAAGAAAGUAAAUAGCAUACCGCCCACCUUCUUGAACUAUGCCUUCACUAUUUUAGACCUGAUAUAUACAUUAAAAAAUACUUCUAGAAUUGUUUGAAACACUUGAAAAACCCUAUUGGCAAUACAAGAAGAACAAUAUGUUCUUCCUGUAUAUUCACUGUAGAAAAUCUGGAAAUCACUGUCUUUUUCUGACCUUUGUGUAAUUUUUUUUCUCACUGAAUUUAGAUAUAAAACUGAUUUAUGGCAGUGGAUGUUAAAUGGGAUAUGUUGUAAUAUGACAGAUUCCAGUUGGUGUAUUGAUUGAGUUUUACAAUUAGAUUUGAGAUGUACUCACAAUUUCACACUAAAGCAGCAAACAUGCAGACCUUCUGUAUUUGCUUCUGUAUCAUGCACUGAAAUACAUAAAAGAAUUGAGAUUU